AUGUCUGCGUUCCCUCAUCCCCCUGGCUUGCUGCCCGCCGAGGCCGCAUUCCUGUGCGAAAUGGAGCAAGUGACCAUCAUACCGCGACAGCGCCUCGAACGCCUCGACUUACUGGGCGGUCCUACCCGACCACUCAUCCCGCCUCAGCGAUCGGCCCUCCCCAUGUGGCUCGCAGUCUUGUUAAAGCGCCAAAGACGCGCCAAUAUCCUGCCUCCGCCCUGGCUCCUCGCUGAGAAUCUGCAAGACAUCCUCGAGACCGAGACCCACAAAGACUUUCACGAGACGUUUUCUCCCCCUGCCUCGAUACCUUCUGUUCGUCAGACAGACUACAGCGGAAAAUCCUUUUAUGCUUCUCCACCUUUCGUGGAGUCGUGUACUGUCAAUGCAAAUCCGACCACGCUUCCAUAUCAUUGGUUCGAAGUCUCGGAGAUAUUAUUGGAAGCGGCGAGCGACGACAUUCCUGAACCUGACAAAGUGCGGCAGUUGCUGAGAGACAUACGGGAAGUGCGGCUCGCAAAGAUGCGAAAACGAGUAGAGCAUUUGUCCGGUGAUGGCCAAGGCACACGGCUUGACGGCAUAGGCGCUAUGGAGAUCUCCGAGUCAAGAGGUUUUAUAACCGGAGUAAUCGACGGCCUAAGAAAGAUUGACGCAAGUAGGGAGCAGGAGAGAAGAGAACGAGAAGACGAAGAGAGGGAGGACCGGAGAUAUGACGACGGUGACGAAGACGACGAAAUGACUUGA